AUGUCCGUCCACUCCCCCCUGUCUUUGGUCCUGGAGGCUUUUAUGCUCAGUUUAUCGCAGAUAAUUUUUAAGAGCAACAAUCCAUAUGAAGCUUCUUCGUGGUCGAAUGCAACCCAUUUUGAGUUUGUGGGCUACGACACGGAGCCGUUCUGGGACAAAGACGGGAGGACGUACAUCAACGGGGCACAUGCCUGGAAGAUUGGUCCUUGGCUACAGCAAGCUGAAGCAAACCUCGAUACUGGCGAAGUUGGAGAAUGGAGAACAAUUUGGAAUGGCACGGGUGGCAUGGCGCCUGAAGGACCACACAUAUACUUGAAAGAUGGUCUCUACUACCUAUUAGCUGCAGAAGGCAAUGGCUCCAAAUUCAUGCGCGGUACUGGUGUCGACCACAUGGUCACGAUAGCUCGUUCGGAGAAUGUUGGGGGUCCAUAUGAGUCGAAUCCGGCCAACCCAAUUCUCACCAAUGCAAACACAACCUCCUACUUCCAGACUGUCGGACAUGCCGACCUCUUCCACGAUGAUUCAGGGAAUUGGUGGGGUGUCGCUCUAUCGACUAGAUCUGGCCCUGAGUGGGUUUACUAUCCCAUGGGACGCGAGACAGUCCUGACCGCCGUGACCUGGCGAGAGGGAGAAUGGCCGCAAAUGUCAGCCAUUCAGGGCAAGAUGAGUGGCUGGCCCAUGCCACCAGCGAAUCUAGAUGUUGAGGGCCCUGGCUGA